UGCCCGGCGCGGGGUAGGCGCGGACGCGGGCGCUGGGCUCGUGCGGGGCCCGGGGCGUCGCGAUGAACAUCGUGGUGGAGUUCUUCGUGGUCACUUUCAAAGUGCUCUGGGCGUUCGUGCUGGCCGCGGCGCGCUGGCUGGUGCGGCCCAAGGAGAAGAGCGUGGCGGGCCAGGUGUGCCUCAUCACGGGGGCCGGCAGCGGCCUGGGCCGCCUCUUCGCGCUGGAGUUCGCCCGGCGCCGGGCGCUGCUGGUGCUCUGGGACAUCAAUACUCAGAGCAACGAGGAGACCGCCGGCAUGGUGCGCCACAUCUACCGCGACCUGGAGGCGGCCGACGCCGCGGCGCUGCAAGCUGGGAAUGGUGAGGAAGAAAUUCUGCCCCACUGUAACUUGCAGGUUUUUACCUACACCUGUGAUGUAGGAAAAAGGGAGAAUGUCUACCUGACGGCUGAGAGAGUCCGCAAGGAGGUUGGUGAGGUCUCAGUCCUGGUCAAUAAUGCUGGCGUGGUCUCUGGGCAUCACCUUCUGGAAUGUCCUGAUGAGCUCAUUGAGAGAACCAUGAUGGUCAAUUGCCACGCACACUUCUGGACCACUAAAGCUUUUCUUCCUACAAUGCUGGAGAUUAAUCAUGGUCAUAUUGUGACAGUUGCAAGUUCCUUGGGAUUAUUCAGUACUGCUGGAGUUGAGGAUUACUGUGCCAGUAAAUUUGGAGUUGUAGGUUUUCAUGAAUCCCUGAGCCAUGAGCUAAAGGCUGCUGAAAAGGAUGGAAUUAAAACAACGUUGGUUUGCCCUUACCUUGUAGACACUGGCAUGUUCAGAGGCUGCCGAAUCAGGAAAGAAAUUGAGCCGUUUCUGCCCCCUCUGAAGCCCGAUUACUGUGUGAAGCAGGCCAUGAAGGCCAUCCUCACCGACCAACCCAUGAUCUGCACCCCCCGCCUCAUGUACAUUGUGACUUUCAUGAAGAGCAUCCUCCCUUUUGAAGCAGUUGUGUGCAUGUAUCGAUUCCUAGGAGCAGACAAAUGUAUGUACCCCUUUAUUGCUCAAAGAAAACAAGCUACAAACAAUAAUGAAGCGAAAAAUGGAAUCUAAGAAUUCUUUUUAUAUGGAAUAUCAUUUCUAUCAGAAGACGAUCAAGAUAUUUCAGUCCAAUCCACUCCAGCAUUAUUAACAUUCUCCGGAUUCUGAAUCCAUGUUGACUUAUUUUUAAAUCAACUUAAAAAAAAUAAACUAUAAAUUAACC